AUGUCUUCAAAAGCGCUAGCGGUGCCUCUUAUCCGACAUGUUACGAAACGAGGGUAUGCUCAGGCUGCACCAGCUGUAAGAGAUGUGCGUGUAAAUUCCAAUGUAUUGUCGAACAAGACAUUUGUAGCUGCUGUAGAUAAUGGCUCACCUGUCACCAGGGUUACUAUUGCUUUCAAGGCUGGUUCCCGUUAUGAACCACAAUCUGAAUUAGGAGUGGCACACCUUCUUCGCUCAUCUGCAGGUCUCAGCACCAGAAAUGCAAGUGCUUUUAUGAUUUCGCGAAAGCUUGCACAAGUUGGGGCUUCCUUCUCUGCAUCUGGAGACAGGGAGUUUAUCUACUAUACUCUUGAGGCAACUCAAGACAAUUUGGAUGUUGCCCUUGAGUAUUUCAACAAUAUUGUUUCUAACCAGGAAUUCAGGCCUUGGGAACUCAGUGACAAUAUUCCACGAAUCAAGUAUGAGAUUGCCACUCUUGCCCCUCAGGUGCGCGCCGUAGACCUCCUUCAUAGAGGUGCCUAUCGCCGUGGUCUUGGCAACUCGCUUUUUGUUUCUCCCAAGAAGAUCAAUAGCAUUGGCUCUGAAUCUUUACAGCACUUUGCCAGCUCAACCUUAUCAGCAUCUCGUUGUGCGGUUGUAGUUGUUGGAAACAAUCAGGACAAGGCCAGCAUUGUAGCCCAAGCAUUACAGCUACCUUCAAGUGGCCAAGCACCAAGUGAAAAAUCAACCUAUUAUGGUGGUGAAUUAAGAAAGGAAAUGGGUGGUGAAUUGGCGCAUGUAGCAUUGGCAGUACAGGGAGCCCCAGCUGGCUCCAAGCAAAGCAUCGCCCUAGCAGUUGCAGCCAAAGCUAUUGGAAGUGGACCAGUAACCAAAUGGGGUUCCGAUAAUUCUCCUAUUGCUAAGGCUAUUGGCAAUGUUGGUCCUUUCGCCGCUGCUGGUUUCAAUGUCUCAUAUUCUGACAAUGGACUAUUUGGGGUUGUCUUGUCCGUUCCCAAGGAUGAAGCAAACAAAGCUGUUAAAAGUGUGGGCCAGUUCUUGAAGAACCCAUCUUUAUCUUCUGAGGCCAUCAAAGCUGGAAAGAAUCAACUCAAGCUCCAACUUUUAAGUGAAGCUGACCAAGGUUCAAUUCUUGUUGAGUCUCUUGCUGCUCAAGGAUUAUAUACGGGAACAGCAAAAUCACCCGUAGAGAUGGCUGCUGAGAUUGACCAAGUUUCAGACAGUGAUGUGUCACAGGUACUAUCAAAUGCUACACGAACCAAGAUGUCAAUGGGAGCUGCUGGCAACCUAGCAUUUGUACCAUAUGUUGACGAGUUGUAA